AACCCCACUGACAAUGGAGUCACGGCGCAAGCCCUUUAAAUCCUACGGCUCCUACAAGUACACGCCAGGCCUCCCUUCUCUCUUUCUUCUUUUUCUUCUUCCUCUCGCCGACCCGCUGACUCCCGCGAGGAUCGCUUGCCCAUCCUCAGUGAACGAACGGCCGCCGUCGACCCCUCCGACCUCGAGCUAGGCCUCAAUGGGUGAUUCAAAGAGCGACAAGAGUCACGGUUUGAGAAUGCUGAGGGAAACCAGCAUUGAGUUCUGGAACGGGAGUGAGGAGGAAGCUCCUGCGGAGGGUCCCAGCCACUUGCCGUACCGGCUGGCGGCAGAGGACCCGCCGUCACGGCUGAUCGGGCAGUUCCUCCACAAGCAGCGGGCCUCUGGGGAAGUGUUGCUGGACAUGGACCUGGAGAUAGAGGAGCUGCGUGGUGGCGAGAGCCGGGGGGACUUGCCUCCGGUCGCUGAUUCACCGCCGGUGCCACAGCCACCAAGGCAGAGCCAGGACGGCUCGAGGGUGUCCUUCCAGCCGCCCAUCUCGACAGGGACUGGGCUUGGUACGCCGCAGAGGCGGCACAAAGGCUCACCGAGCCAGGGGGAAGAUGGAAAUUCUGUCAGCAACAGGGAAGAGGAGGUCGUGAAAUGCACGUCGAGCGCGACUUUCCAGCGGAAGUCAAGCUUGCUCCGCACGAAAACCCAGUCGCGACUGAUGGACCCGCCGGAGGAGCCUGACCGGAGAUCGGGCCAGAUUCCACAGUCAGGCCAACCGCGGUCUGGAAUGUUGGGGAGGGCAGGGGAUGAGGAGGAGGACGACCUCUUCUUGGAAGAAGACGUGCCAGAGGCGUUCAAAAAGGCGAAGUUCAGUGCCAUGACUCUGUUACAGUGGGUGAGUUUGGUCUUGAUCAUUGGUGCUUUAGUUUGUACUCUUGCAAUUCCCGGAUUGAAGCAUAGAGAUCUGUGGAAGCUCAAACUGUGGAAGUGGGAGGUCAUGGUCUUGGUCUUGAUAUGUGGGAGGUUGGUCUCUGGGUGGAUGAUUCGAUUAGUUGUGUUCUUCAUCGAGAGGAACUUUUUGCUGCGAAAACGGGUUCUGUAUUUCGUCUACGGCAUUCGAAAAGCAGUGCAGAACUGCCUGUGGUUGGGGCUGGUCUUGAUUGCUUGGCAUGCUCUGUUCGACAAGAAGGUCGAGAGGGAGACGAACAGUGACUGGCUGAGGUAUGUCACCAAAGUGCUGGUGUGCUUCUUGGUGGGGACUCUACUGUGGUUGGUCAAGACGCUGAUCAUCAAGGUGCUGGCAUCGUCGUUCCAUGUGAGCACCUACUUUGACCGGAUCCAGGAGUCUCUGUUCAAUCAGUACGUGAUCCAGACGUUGUUGGGUCCGCCUGUGAUUGAAAUUUGGAGGACGGAGGAAGAGGAGGAGAACUUUGUGGCAGAGCUCCAGAAUUUACAGAAGGCAGGCGCGACUGUGCCGCCAGAUCUAAGGGCAGCGGCUUUUCCGACUAAAAGUGGGAUGGUAGUUGGGAGCGGAGUGGUUCAGAGAAGUCCGCAAGUGAAGAACACCAAGCUCUCUCAAGGGCUGUCGGGAAAGAGCGAGGGAGGGAUCACAAUAGAUCACUUGCACAAGCUGAAUCCCAAGAAUGUGUCUGCCUGGAACAUGAAAAGAUUGAUUAAUAUCGUGCGGCAUGGAUUUCACUCAACGUUGGAUGAGCGGAUACAGGAUUCUACUGAAGAGGAUGAGUCGGCAACAAUGAUCAGGAGUGAAAACGAAGCCAAAGCUGCAGCUAGGAAGAUCUUUCGAAAUGUGGCUAAGCCUGAUUCAAAGUUUAUCUACUUGGAAGAUCUGAUGCGGUUUAUGAGGGACGAUGAAGCCUUGAAGACGAUGAGUCUCUUUGAAGGAGCUGAUAAAUGCAAGAGAAUCAGCAAGUCGUGCCUGAAGAACUGGCUGGUCAAUGCUUUCAGAGCGAGGAGAGCACUUGCCUUGACCUUAAACGACACCAAGACUGCUGUCAAAACGCUGCAUCAGGUGGUCAACGUCAUAGUCGGGAUCGUCAUAUUGAUCAUCUGGCUUCUCAUCCUGGGGAUAGCAACAACCCAGUUCCUGCUCUUUCUCAGUUCACAGCUUGUCCUAGUCGCAUUUAUUUUCGGGAACACCUGCAAGACCAUAUUCGAGGCAAUCAUUUUCUUGUUCGUGAUGCAUCCAUAUGAUGUGGGCGAUAGGUGUGAGAUUGAUGGAGUCCAGAUGGUUGUGGAAGAGAUGAACAUUAUGACGACUGUGUUUCUGAGGUAUGACAAUCAAAAAAUUAUAUACCCAAACAGCACUUUGGCAACGAAGGCCAUCGGCAACUAUUAUCGGAGCCCUGACAUGGGAGACGCGGUCGAAUUCUGUGUGCACAUAUCUACCCCAGCGGAGAAGAUUGCAGCCAUGAAGCAUAAGAUAACAAGUUAUGUCGACAGCAAGAAAGAGCACUGGUAUUCCUCGCCUAUGAUCAUAAUGAAGGAUAUAGAAGAACUGAACAAAGUGAGGAUCGCCGUGUGGCUGUGCCACAGGAUGAACCACCAGAACAUGGGGGAGAAGUUCGAGAGGCGAGCCCUCUUGAUCAAGGAGAUGGUCAAGAUGUUCAGAGAGCUUGACAUCCAAUACCGCCUGCUACCACUCGACAUCAAUGUCCGCGCAAUGCCUGCUUCGAGCUCUGCACGGGUUCCUCCUGCAUGGGCAAAUGCUGGCUGAGUCGCUCGGCUGGUAGGAUAAAGAGCUGCAUUCACCCACAGUAUAUUGGCAGCUGGUAUUCCCCGGCAGCAGUGCGAAGCGGAAGUAGCAGCUCUCAUCGAACACAUUCAUCGCACUCGGUGAAAAUUUGGUUUCUCCAUUUUUCCCGGCACCUUUAGGCUCUUUUCCUUUCUUAAUCUGAGGCAUACUUGAAAUUAGAGAAUGGUUUAUAUAAAUGAUGCUUUGAAAUUGAGGGGACACAGGAUGUUACUCGAGAGAGUUGUCAGAAUGUAGAUGUUCAUAUAUCUAGUGAUGUUCGUCCUGUUACUUUUCAGCAAUUUUAGUUUAUCCGACAUGUAUCCUAAACUUCCUUUGAUGGAAAAUUGCAAACAAAACAUAUCGGUUUCACCUUCA